AUGCGAACACAUUCUGGAGAGCGACCACACGUUUGCGAAUACCAUGACUGUAAAAAAACAUUUAGUGACAGUAGUUCACUAGCCAGACACCGACGUAUUCAUACGGGGAAGAGACCGUACAAAUGCACUAUACCUGGGUGUGGAAAGAGCUUUUGCCGGAAAACAAACCUGACUAGACAUCAUCGUCGCGAACACAUUCUUUCUGUGAAAACCGAUCGAUCUGUCGUCUGGCGGCAAGUUAAAGCAUCAACAAUUCCGACACCUCUAUCGUCACCAUCCUCGUCAUCUACUUCAUCACUGAGUACGCCAACGACACCGACGCUUGCCUCGGUGAAUUUCGCGACGGAAAAGAGAGGAAGAGACGAGAAUAACGUUGUCGAUAUAAAUAACGGUUACGCAAUCCAUCGUCAUCACGUGCCAAUACGUGACCAUUCAUACCACACAACUACCGCUAAUACUUUGGCUUCGAUUACUGCCGACCCAUACCCAUCAUCCUGCGGCUUUAGAAAUUGUGCUCUCCUCACAUCCGCAUCUCCGUCGUGUAAUUCACCAGCAGCACUGCAUCCGCGCCUCCCACAUCCAAAGAUGUACUCGCAUGAAAACGAGAAUAGGAUAUACUCGAACCAUGGCAUACAGAUAAGAUACACGCGACAACAAGAGUCUGUGCGAAACAGUCAGAGUUUGAGGGAAUCCAUAACAGUCUUCGGUGGACAGGCUAUUGAUAAAAUUAUAGGAGACACACGAUCACAUCUCACAUCAAAAAAGAAACAUCUGUGGACAUUUUGGAGUAGUGUAGAGAAAUUCCGAAUAUUUGGAGUUCUCCUAUUUUACUAUAUGACAUUAUAUUGGGUGGAAUGA